AUGAUUUUGUACAACACAGCACAGCACAGCACAGCACAGCAAAGCACAGCACAGCACAGUACACACAGCAGAGCCCAGCCCAACCCAGCCCAGCCCAGCCCAGCCCAGCCCAGCCCAGCCCAGCCCAGCCCAGCCCAGCCCAGCCCAACCCAGCCCAGCCCAGCCCAACCCAGCCCAGCACAGCCCAGCCCAGCCCAACCCAACCCAGCCCAGCCCAGCCCAGCCCAGCCCAGCCCAGCCCAGCCCAACCCAGCCCAGCCCAGCCCAGCCAAGCCCAGCCCAGCCCAGCCUAGCCCAGCCCAGCAGUACAGUACAGUACACACAGCACAGCAGAGCAGAGCAGAGCAGAGCAGAGCAGAGCAGAGCAGAGCAGAGCAGAGCAGAGCAGAGCAGAGCAGAGCAGAGCAGAGCAGAGCAGAGCAGAGCAGAGUAGAGCAGAGCAGAGCAGAGCAGAGCAGAGCACAGCACAGCACAGCACAGCACAGCACAGCACAGUACAGCACAGUACAGUUCAGCACAGCACAGCACAGCACAGCACAGCACAGCACAGCACAGCACAGCAUAGUACAGUACAGAACAGCACAGCACAGCACAGAACAGCACAGCACAGCACAGCACAGAACAUUACAGCACAGCACAGCACAGCAUAGUACAGCACAGAACCUUACAGCACAGUACAGUACAGUACAGCACAGCACAGCAGAGCAGAGCAGAGCAGAGCAGAGCAGAGCAGAGCAGAGCAGAGCAGAGCAGAGCAGAGCAGAGCAGAUCAGAGCAGAGCAGAGCAGAGCAGAGCAGAGCAGAGCAGAGCAGAGCAGAGCAGAGCAGAGCAGAGCAGAGCAGAGCAGAGCAGAGCAUAGCAGAGCAGAGCAGACACAGCACAGCACAGCAGAGCACAGCAUAGUACAGCACAGCACAGCACAGGUCAGCACAGCACAGCACAGCACAGCACAGUACAGCUCAGCACAGCACAGCACAGCAAAGCACAGCACAGUACAGUAUAAUAUAGUAUAG